CGCUGCGGUCGCCCACAGUCGUGAUCAGACCGCCGAGUGAACAUGUGGAGGAUUAUCACAGUCGCGCUGGCCCUGAGCGCCGCAGCCGCUCUCCCGGCCCAAGACACGGGACACACCGACAACGAUAUCGAAGGAUACAGCGACUGCCUCCGCAAGGACUCCACAUCAUGCCUCAAGUACAAGUUCUUCUCGUUCGUCGACAAAAUGGUAGGCUCGAAGGACACAUUUGCCUUAACCGAAGGAGUGACCGUCGUGCGCGCCAAGGACGCCCCUAAAGAAACAGGAGCGCCACGAUCCAUGGAUCCUCUUGCAAGACUUCGGAGGUACCUUGACACGCACUCCAUUCAAGUGGAGGUCAAAGGCUCCGAUGUGAUUGACACAGUGGCUGGAGUGGGACGCGCUCUGGAAGACACAGUUUCCACGUUCACGGAAGACAAUGACAGCGACAGCGACUUGUCGGAAGAGAGCCGUGGGAAGAAGAAAAAGGCGCAAAAGAUUCUCGGCCCGCUAAUGAUGGCGUUGGCGAUGAAGAUGAUGGCGCUAAUGCCUAUCGCGAUUGGUGCGAUCGCGUUGAUAGCCGGGAAGGCGCUGCUGAUUGGUAAGAUAGCGCUGGUGCUGUCAGCCAUCAUUGGUCUGAAGAAGCUGUUGUCUCAGCAGAAGCAUGUGACGUAUGAGGUGGUGGCGCAUCCCCAUUCGUCGUCUUCGCACUCUUCGAGCCACGACUACGGGAGCAGCAGCAGUGGAGGCACCAGCGGGUACGGAGGAGACUCCUCCAGCAGCUACGGGGCGCCGGCGGCGGGGGGGCACAGCAGCGGGGGGUGGGGUAGAUCCGCAGACGCGCAAGCUCUGGCUUACUCCGCGCAAAAACCACUGUAACAGGGUUCCACUAGCCUAGAUGCAGCUUGAGGUCAAAGCCCCAUUGCUAAGUCGAACACUCUCACCGCUCCCGACUUUGCCUUCGGUUCGUUUUCCUCCUUUGUGUGUUUGCGAUCGAAUGGAUGUAUUUAUUGACUGAUGUAUUGUUGUAAGCUCAUUUUCAUUCAUUCAUUGCCAUUCAAUAACUAUUGUAGCAUAUUUAUUUGGAGGGUUCAUCGAAUCUUAUAGAUUUGGCGCGUAACUAUGUUUUUAUAGUUUGUUAUAAAUAACUGUUAUGUUUAUGAUUAAUUUAUGUAAUUUUGUACAUAUAUAAUUUGUAUUGUUACUAUUAUUAUGUAUGGUUGUUAAAUACAAGUACCUGGCUUUAAUAUGUUUUAAGUAUUAUUAUGUAAGAUAAAAAAUAUAGUUACUUUUGUAUAUAUGUGAUGUAUUAUAUUAUGUAAAGUACUUAAGUAUUUAUAAGUAUGUAUUUAUAACGUUUGACACGUGUCAUUCUUGCCAUUAAUGGUUUAUACAAAUUCUAUGUAUUUUUACUAUAAGAGCUUUAUUAAUUUAUUGAAUAGAAAUAUUGUGGUUUCAUUUUCAUUUCAUUAAUUUAUUAUCAUACAUUUUAUAUCGUGUACCUAGCGAAUUUUAUUUGUUUAUGAAAAAAUGUAAUCGACGACGAUUUUUUGUUAACAAUUAAAACAAUGGAAACAU